UUAAUUGUUAUGGGAUAUUUUUAACAUUUUUAAAACAGUAUUUUCUGUUUCAUGGGUAUACAGUUAGUUAAAUGUACAUAUAGUGUCUGCGUGUUUAGGACAGAGGCAGGAUGGCAGUCCAUGAAGAGAUCAAGACUAACAGAGGGUGGCAGGCUGAAGUGACGAUUAUUGAUCGUAAUUGAUGAUUGCUUGUCGGUGGGAAGGUCAGGGCAGGAGAUGACACAGCAGGGUUUGUUACUGUGGUGGUAACAGGAAAGAUUUAUCCUCUUAUUAUUAUUAGGCUCUAUCUGUUUAAUAAUUGAUUCAUUCACAGAUUCACUUUGUUCGUGUUCCUCUUCCACUUUCUCACCCUCGUCCUCCUCCCUGCUCAUCUUCCUCUCUCCCCGGCUUCACCUCGCUCCCCUCCAUCCGUCUCUCUUCUUCUCUGUCUUUCAGGUCAAUGAGAGGCAGCAACAGCUCGCUGUGAAGAGCAAAUCCUCCCUCUCCUCUCUUCUCCACCAUGAUCUCCUCUCUUCCAUACGUUAGCCUUCUUAUUUUAGCAGCGCUGCCUUCCUCCUCCUCUUCCUCCUCCUCUUUCUCUUCCUCUUCUUUCUCUCUUGCCCUUCUCUUUCUCUGAGUUUUGACUCUUUGAUUUUUCCUGUUUUAUUUUAUUUUUUUGUUUUUUUUCCCGUCAAACACACACGCAUACACUCUUGUGAGAUGAAGCGUGGGUCGAGUGUGUUGCAGCCUCCCUCUGAUGCAGCCAAACGACACACACACCCCGCACUGACAAAGACACACUCCGGUGAUGAGGCUUUGUCGAUGAGUGAGUGUGACGCGCGCGCCGCAGGUUCGAGUCCCUUCCCAGCAGCCACCUCUCUGUUCAGCCCUGAUGUCAGCACCAAGAUGGCGUCUGACCUCCUCAUCAGGCUUUCAGAGGCCACCCAGAAGGCCCAGGUGCAUCCUGGGAGCCAGGAGGAGGCGGAGCAGCAGGACGAACCGGGCGUCGCCCUGUCGCCGGACGGUCCCGGUGCGAGUCCCGAGCCGCCGUCGCUGACCCACACCCCGGAGGGAAACGCCGUCACAGACACCCUGGCCUCAGACCUGCUCAGGAAACUGGCAGAGCGCCAGGAUGUCAGCGGCCACAUGUUGAGGCUCAAAGAGGAAGAGGAGCCUCUGGAGGUCGACGCCAUGACCCCAAGUCAGCUGGUCGUCAAGGAGACGACUCAUUCCACCUUAAGGAUGACGAACCACCAUCUCUUCAAUGUAAAACCAGAAAACCAGUUCCUCACCAGGAGUAACCCAGCUGAACAGUUGCUGCCUGGAGCCAACAUGGUGGACCAGUACAGCUUUGGUCUUAAUGCAGGAGAUGGAUUUUCUUCCUCCGACCCAGCAGACUGCUUCUUGAACGCAUCAAACGCUUUUCAGUUUCAGGUGAAACUGGAGGAUUGUUCAGCUCCUGAAACCGCAGUGGAGGACCUCCUUCAUCCCAGAGCCAAGACGGACGACCUUCGUCCUGUCAAAGCAAAGAUUUCAGAGAAACCGUUCAAUGGAGCUAAGAUGAGCAACAAGAUUUUCUCUAGUAUCACUAAGGAGAGCCAGUUUCCUUCAGCGGCCAUGUUGGAGAACGGGGUUGUAUCUGGAGCCAAGAUGGCCGCUCAGGUUUUCUCUGGAGCAAAAAUAGAGGAGCACUUUCUCUUUGGAGCCAAGAUGGAGGACGAGUGCCUCAGAGCGGUCCUGUGGCAGGACAUGUCCGUCAACCUGGCCUCCACGCUACUGCAUCAGCUCUCCGAGAAGGUCAGUAAGUCCAGCUGUCAGCAGGUGGAGCGGAUGGCUCCGCCCAUCAGAAGCAGUCCUGCUCUGAAGAUCAACAUGGACCACGUCCCUUCCUCUCCACUGCUGAGCUCCAGAGAAACCCUGCAUGAAACACAAACCAACAUCGUUAGAGAUCAAACCUCGGGUUCUUCGUACUUCUUCAGGUGUCACGUGUGCGGCUUUGAGACGGAGGGCCACGCCCUUUUCAAGAGUCACAUGACGGAGCACCGCCAGUGGGAACACGGCUCCUUCUCGCUGCACUGCUGCAGGUGCGACCAUUCGACCAAUCAGGAGGCAGAGAUGAUGGCCCAUGUGGACACGCACAUACACGGCGACAUGGGAGAAAUGAGACGCCCGGCCCCUCUCCCCGCCGCCCCCAGCCGAGCUCUGCCGGUCGCCGUGGCAACACAGCCGGAGCAGAGCACCUCAGAGCAUCGCUGCCGCAUCUGCCAGAGGUCGUUUCCCGGGCAACCGGAGCUGCUGGCCCACUUCCAGGGUCAUCGCCAGGGCAACCAGUACCGGUGCGACCGCUGCGGCCACCUGACGCGGACGGCCAACAAGCUGGUGGAGCACGUGCGCGUCCACACGGGCGAGCGGCCGUUCACCUGCGACCUCUGCCCCUACAGCGCCAAGCGGCGGGACAGUCUGCGGCUGCACUGCAAGGUGAAGCACGCUAACGCCAGCGCUAACGCCGGCGCUAACGCCGACGUGCACACGCACCGGACCUACGCCCCCCACGGAGACGGUCAGCGCUCCAGCAAACACGUCCGGCGGCUGCACACCGCCUCCUCUCUUCCUCGCCCUGCUGCUCCUCCUCUUCCUCUGCUGCAGCCGCUGCUCUCCGACUGCACAGGAUGGAGGGAUUUAUCUCCUCUCCUCCCCAUCACAACACUCAUCUCUCUGAAACCUCGCUCCUAUUUCUCCUCCUCCUCCUCUUCCUCACCGCCCUGCUCCAACAAACACUCCUUCCUGGGUUACCUCGGCCUCACUUCUUUGUAAAUGUUUGCUCUCCUCUCAUCCUCCCUUCCUUCUGUCCGUCCUCUGGACUAUAAAGCGAUGGAUGUAAAGUCACCCAGCACUACGUAUGAGAAUGUCAAACAGCGCUCACAUAGGGAAUGUUUUCUAUUUAUUCUACUUUUGCAUUAAGCUCGUGGUUUUGCCUGCUUUACUCCUUCAUAUAGCCACUCUACUCUUAGCUAGGUGACCGUGGGACAUAUUUAUCUAUCGCCCGUCUCUCUUCCUCCAGAAAUACUGAACCUAAAGAUCCGGAUUAUUUCAUAGUGAAAAACAGGUUUAUUUGGAUGAAAAACCUUUCUGAAUGAAGUCUGGUUAGUCACUGAAGGAAAGGUCAGAUUAGAUCAGAGGAGAUGGUUCCGGUUUACAGAGAAUCAACAUUUUUUUAAGUUCGUCUUUCAGAGAAGAAAAAGUUAUCAUGAAGUUUGUGACGUUUAGACAGCAGCUGCUUGGCAUAAAACAAACUUCAGGCCUCACAAUCACAUGAAAAAGAUAAUUACUUAUAUUUUAUAAAGAACAUUUUCAAACAAAAAUCACAGUUUUAAUGUUUAGAACUACGAUGGAGUAUAAAAAAUAUUAAAUUACAAGAAUAAGGUCAUAAUAACUCGAGAAUAAAGUCCAAAUAUUACAAGAGUAAAAUUAUGAAAUACAAUUUUAUUCUCCUAUUAUUGCGAGAUAUUAAAGUUGGAAUAGUAUGAGAAUAAAGUUGUAUUAAUAAAACUGUAAUAAUACAGCAACAUAGUUGUAAUAAUAGAAAAAUAAAGUUGGACUCUAAUGUGAAUAAAGUUGAAAUAAUUUGAGAAUAAACUGGGAGAAAUGUUUGAGUAAUAUAGUAAUAAUAAAAGAUUAAAUUCAGAAUGAUACAAUAAAAAGUCUUUAUAAAUCGAGAAUAAAAUUGGAGUAAUAAAAGUGAACAAUGUGAAAACAAAAUCAUAUUAAUACGACAACAAAGUCAGAAUAAUUUGAGAAUAAUGUUGUAAUAAUAUGAUAAAAUGUUAAUUACCUCUUUAUGCCAUAACUGUAUGUUUCUAGUGUAAUGACCAACUUUCUGUUUGUUUUCGUCUCAUUUUGUGUGAAGUCGCCUCCAAACUUACUGCCUGAUUUUUAUUUCUUCUUAACUUUAACUUGAAAUCAAGAUAAAAAUCUUUUUAAAAACUUUUUUCUCCUUAUUGGCUAAAAUCCAAAGUAAAAAUUUUAAUCCUCUUUUAGUUAAAUGUUCCAUUAGUUAAUUACUAUAUCACUCAUUAAGGGCUAACUAUCAUUAUUUAAGAUAACUGGUAUAAUCAAAUCCAGGAAGUGCUUUUAUUUUUAUUGUCAGCUGUAGUUUUUCUACUUCCUGUUGGGAGUUUCAGUCCAUCGCCUUCUCUUUGUCGCUCCAGGAUUUUUAAGGAUUCGUUGUUUCUGGAGGACGGUGAUGAAACUUCUGAUACCUGUGUUGUGUAUUGAUGAUGUAUUUGUGUUUACAUAACAACAUGAGGCUCUACGGAGUACAAAACAUCUCGAAAGUUGCACUAAAAUGUUGGUUUUCUGAGACGAGAGAGGAAUCACUUUAGACAUCUCUUUAUUUUAUUACAAUCACUGAAACACUCAAAAAGCCAAAUAAACCCACAUAUUUACAUUAUAUCCCAUUCUAACAGUUGAUUAACGGUUUAAUUAAAUAUAUCAGGAAUCAUAGAAACACGAACAAAUGGGCGGACUUAAUCAAAGUUAAGAUAUUUCCAACCUGAACGAAGCAAAAAAACAAACAUCAUAUCUUUUUAAACCCUGUUAUUUUAUGAAAGAGUUGAUCGAAACAUGGAGGAUUGUGCAAUUUACUUUUUUGCAUAUUUUUAUUUAUAGAUUUAUUCACAUGACUUUAUUAUUAAGGCAUGACAGGAAGUGAUUCUUCCCCCAGAGAACAAUCACUUGAUUUGCUUUAUUAUUUUUCAAAAACCUGGCGGUGUGUUGAGCGUGAAUAAAUACAGAAAGUAACUGUUUUUGUAUUUUUCUAACUCAAUAUUUUAUUGAAAAAAAGCAAAAGACAACACACCAGAUGACAAACUUUAUUUUUUAAAUGUAAUUUUCUUUAAUUAUUCACAUCUUCUGAAUUCAACAGGAAGACGAGCAUAUUUUUAAUGAGAUAAAACAGAAAAACAAUUGUUAGACUUGUAAUUUACUCUUUAAUUUAAAAUUAUGUGGAAUCACUGAAGACAAAAGCAAAAAUUAGCUUUAAAUGGUUAUAAUCUUUAAGCCUUAUUCAGUCAUGAAGAUUUCUGAAACACGUUUUGUAAAAUAAAACAUACAUGUUCAAUUCAGGUUUAUUGUAUUACACCCAUUCACAUUCAACUUAAUUCAUGUUAAUACUUAAUCUUAAUCUGCUGCUGCUUUGUGUCGUUCCAUGUAUUCUGGGAUUUUUUAAAAACACUUGAGGUGUUUGGUCUAAACAUGAGGAACGUCAGGUCCUGUGAUGUCUUUAAAUGUCUGCAUGUUGUGUUUUUAUGAAAGUUUCUGAGGUCAAAGUUCAGGUACAUUAGCGAGAAAUUCACAGUGUCCUGCUGGAUCAUGACCGGGGACGAAACGUUUCCCUGAUAUUUAAACAUCUUGUUUUAUUUUAUUUGUCAAAAUAAAGGAUCAGCUGGCCAUCUGGGAAUUAUAUUAAAAUAUUAUAUGAGUGCCCUCAAGUGAUUAAAUAAGGAUUCACCAAAUUUAUACACCUUUCAUUAUAACUAGAACAGAUCAGCAACAUUUACCAGUCAAAGAGCCACUUUUCCCCUCGCUGCUACAAAAUAAAACUUUCCUGGAGCUGCUGGAUUUGCCUGUGAUCCACCUUCCGGAGCUAAACCAAAAAUUAGCUACAUAUUAGCAGAAUUAUGCCGAACAGUAAUCAACACUAACCAAUAUGCAAUGCUUUUAUUCAUCGGUUGCAAUUUAUUUUUUAAAAAUCUAUUUAAAUUUAAUUUUGCUAACUUUCUUUCCAAGUUAGCGCUAAAGGAAAAAUAGCUAGCUGUUAGCUCAUUAGCUAAUCAUGCCCCCACUAAUGGCUACCAACUGAUGUGAAAUGGUUGCAUCCAUUGGUACCUCAAAAUAGCACCUUAAAGUUUAUCUUGAAAAUUUUGAUUAGGGGGAAAAUAUAUGCUAAACAUUUUCAAUGUUAGCAAAAAUGCUAAAUGAAAAAUUAGCUAGCUGUUUCCGUAAUAGGAAGUGUGCCUACCACUAAAUCUUUGUUUCAAUAUCUGGUGUGUUGUCUAUUUGCUGUUUUUAUGGAUUUAAAUAACUUAUUUUGUUUGAUAUGUGAGAAUCAGUUUGUUUUCUGUAAUCCAGGCAGAAAAAUACAUUUAAAUUUUGACAUUUAGUUUUGCAUUUUUUUGGCUUCCAAAUUUAACCUAAACUAAGAUUCAAGCUUGGAUGAAGUUCAACUGCCCUUAAAAUACCUUUACGUACCAAAAGUUUGUAUUCUUUUUGCCUUUUUAAACUUCAUUUUCAUGUUUAGACUGAAUGUAACGCGGCUUUUCUGUGACCCAGCAUGUCGGACCAACAGGUUCGUAAUGAAAUUACUCACCUAAACAGGAACAGCCUUCCUCGCUCCCUGAAAACAGGACGUGAUUAUAUGAAUGUUUCAGCUCACCACGUUUUACUGCUUAUGUUGUUGUGGUUUGCUCCAGAUUCAUGAGAUGCAAUCUGAAUAUUUCUAAGCUUUUUAUUUAUUAAUGUUUUUGUUGCACAGUGCGCAUGUGCAGAAGAGACAAUAACGUGCAGAAAGGACGAGACAAACCUGCACACCGGUGUUUUAAUAUGAAAUCUAAUCAAUGGUGCUGGACUCUGCACGUCUCUUUUUUAAACACUUUAUUUACUCACAGAUGCAUGAAAUAGUAGAAACAUUUUGUCUGUGGUUCACCUUUCAUUUCCUGGGUUUCUCUGCUGUAUCCUGUGACUGUUUGCUGCUGCGAUGAUCAAUAAUAAACUUUAAUUUCAUCCGGCUCA